AAACAACAAGUCCCAACGGGCAAAGCUGCAGUGGUUGGGGAGUGUCGGGAAAUGUAGUCCCUGCGCAAGAGAGAAGCAGGGGAUUGUGAAGGCCGUGGGUGGUAUGCUGAGAGUUGUAGUCCCCCUGUGAGGGCUAGGCUUCCUGCAGGGCUUUCACCAGAAAACUACAAUCCCCAAAGUGCAUCGGGGCAGGCCCUGACCUCAGGCUGUGCUGUGUAUGGGAGCCAAGGCUGUCACUAAUCGCUGUGAGGCGGAGAGCAAGGCCAGACCUGAUGGCUUCAGAUGUGGAUAAACAAUUGCAAUGGGAGACUGCGACGUCCUCAGCAGCUUCAUCUCUGUCUGUAGGACAAGGGAAUGAUCGCUCCGAGAGCCCAGCCCCUGCACUGAUCCAGGGAACCGAACCCGGGGCCAGCCAGGAUGAAGCCAUGUUUGUCCAUGCGCAGUCAUAUGAGGACCUCACUAGAGAGGUGGAGGGGAACGUGUCUGGGAAUGCUGGGCCAGAGGGGGAAAUGGAGAACAUGGAGGAGAUCACUCAAGACUUCAGUAAGCUCAGCACUCAGCUGAGUGUAAGUUCCUGCCAUGGUGAUGAACAGAAUAGGGAGGUGACUGCCGACAUAGAUUCUGCACCGCCUGUAAGCCAAGAAGGAGAUGGAGGAUUGCAUUCACUGGAUGACUGGUACCAGCACCAGAAGCAUGUGUUUGUGCUGAGUGAAGCAGGGAAGCCAGUGUAUUCCCGCUACCAGUCAGAGGAGGCGCUGUCUAGCACGGCUGGAGUCAUGAUGGCACUCGUGUCAUUUCUGGAGACAGACAAAAAUGCCAUCCGGUCCAUCCAUGCAGAUGGCUACACGGUGGUGUUUGUGCGGCGCUCCCCAUUGGUGCUGGUCUCAGUGUCACACACUCGUCAGUCGGAACAGGAGAUUGCACAGGAGCUGCUGUAUGUUUACUACCAGAUUGUCAGCCUGGUCACCGGGACUCAGCUCCACCACCUCUUCCAGCAACGACCCAGCUAUGACCUACGGCGACUGCUUUCCGGUUCCGAGCGCAUCACAGACAACCUUCUGAACUCCAUGGACACUGACCCCAGCUUCCUUCUGGCUGCCGUCCGCUGUUUUCCUUUAGCCUCAGGAAUAAGGGAUUCUGUCACUUACUGUCUCCAGCAAGCAAAGGCCAAGAGUCUUGUUUUCUCCAUCCUUAUGUCCAGGCAGCAGCUGGUCACCCUGGUCAGAAAGAAGGAUCAGUAUCUGCACCCCAUUGAUAUCCACCUGCUCUUCAACCUGGUGACAUCGUCCAGCUCUUUCAGGGAGGGCGAAGCCUGGACUCCUGUGUGUCUCCCAAAGUUCAACCCAUCUGGUUUCUUCCAUACUCACAUUUCGUAUCUGAGCCACAAGCCAGAGCUGCUCCUCCUAAUGGUGUCCACUGACCGUGAGGACUUUUUUACUGCAUCUGACUGCAAGAGGAAGAUAGUGGAGCGCCUGGAGAAACGAGGAAUAUGGGCAUCAUUAAAGGAAGCUCUGAGAAACUCUGUAUACAACAUUGCACAAGUUGGGGUCCCAGAACUGAGACAUUUCCUAUACAAAUCCAAGAGCUCCGGACUCUUCACCAGUCCAGAGAUGACUGCUCCUUAUGACACGGAAGUUGAACAGAAGCGCCUGGUGUCGCUGUACCAGUAUCUACAUGGCAGAGCGCACUGCAGCUCAAACCCACUCACUACCAUCUACCACAUGGGGCGCCAAGAGAACAUCCUAGCCUGGGUGACGGAGGCUUUUGAACUCUAUGUCUGUUUCAGCCCUUUGGCAACAAAGUCUUCAGCUGUAAAUGGUGUCUCUCGUCUUCUGCGCUGGAUCCGCAAAGAGGAGGAGAAAUUGUUUAUCUUGAGCUCCCCCACAUACUGAAACUGUGACCCCCACCAACCUCUCCUUAACCAAAGAUAAUGGAGCCUCCAUUCAGCAGUACGUCCAUGAUACUAACACUGCCGAAAUCAGAACGCCUGAACCUUUUCAGAGACAAUUUCAGAGACAAUUUUCUAUCUUAACUGAUGUCUGGUCUUCUAGUUUCUGCCGCACUGGAUGCAUGGACUUUACAACGAACACUACAUUAUAACAUGAGUGCCGCAUCCCAUCUGCUGCCACUCCUUAAAUGUCAUUCACAUGUCCACUGGGCACAACGGGCUGACAUUGCCUAUACGCAUCUUGUCUUAUGUUGCAUGUUGUCUAGUUGCAAUUAAUUUAAGGUCGAAACCUGAAAUGAUUUACAAAAUAAGCAGCACUACAAUCGUGUGACACUUUCAUCUAACUUGUGUCAUAUACACAUCCAGAGCUGUGAUCACAGUUUGGUUAUUGCAUCUUCUCUUAUGUUUAAGUCACAUCCAUUGCUGCAGUAAUAAUGCUGCCAUUCCAUCAAGUCUUAUUUUUCAGCUACAUCACAAUUCUGACUGCACUGUAGCCACCUGAUUCUAUGCUGCACUAUGUUCUGAGUUACAUAGUUGUAGCUACAGCCUAUUUUACAGUGCCUUUUGGUAACACUUUAUCUUUCACAAUGUAAUGCAACAGUACAAUGUCUGAACCAGCAAGGACAGCAAUGAGGUGUUGCAAAUAUAAAGCUAACUUCAGAAUGGAGUGCAGCUCUGGGUGUAAAUGGAGUAUUAAUGUCACUCAAUCUCAGUACUGUAAUUAUUUGAAGAGUAAUGAGGAAUUGCAGCAGAAACUGCCUGGAUCUAUCCCAUGAGAAAUGCAAGAUCACAUAAAGAGCAUCAUUUUUAUAUUUAUGGCUGUGAAUUUUUUUAUUUAAAAUUCUGACCGUAAGGUUAUUACUAUGAUAGUAAAUGAUAUACUGCUAGAGACCCAGGUAUUAACAGACCCCCACCUCAAAAUAAAGGGGCCACAGUGCUAGUUAUGUGCUUUGGCUCCAUCAUUGGCUUUCUCUACACUUUAAUGCUUAAGGCUUGCAUUCUCUAGAAUGGGUUGUGUAUUACCUGUGCCCUUCUGUUAUUUCGGGAUCAGCAGAGGUCCUAGAGCUGAGGAUCAUAAUCCUAUGACAUAUAUCUGAUGAUGGUAAUGCUGCUAUACCUCUUUCCUAAUAUCUGACAUCCAUGUAUGGUGCAUUCAGGAAGUACUUCCCAUAGUCUAUGGUGUUGUGGGGAUUGAGAGUUCAAGAUAUUGACACCAUGCUGCAACAGCCAGGAGCAAAGAUCACUCUAAUCCUAGCCUUAGAUGCCAAAGUCAGUAGUACUCACAGCAUCUAAGAGGUUAGACUGUGGGUGCUACUACUGUCACGCAGUCAGUCCCUGCAACAUGGGCAUGGUGUGCUGCAGAUUUACUAAACAGAAAGCAAACACUUUUUGUAGGGCACAUCAAAUACAAUUAAAUAAGUACACUAACCAACAAAUAGACUGUUAAUAAAUAUGACGGAGUGUCAAAACCCUAAUACAUAGUGCUUUUGAAAACCCAACAAUUUUAGUAAAUCUGGGCCAUUGCUGGUGUGGCCACAUAUGUAAUGACCUAAACUAAACAAAAUUAUUUUUACCUGUGAGGUAAAUGAUGUAAUAAAAAUAAUAAUAAUAAAACAAAAUAAGCUGCUGUUCUGCCAGAA